AUGUCUGACGAGCAAAAGCCUACCACUGCCCCUGCCCCCACCAACGUUGAGGCUGAGAAGGAUGUCCAAAACGUGUUGGCGGAGCUGAAGGGCGAAGAAGCCCCUGCGGACAAGCCGACCGAGCCCGCCGCGUCGAAGGAGAACGACUCCGAGGAGGCCCGAAUCGUCGCCGCAGCUGCGCAGCUCGGCGAGAAGUCAGCUCAGGCUGAAGAAUCCAAGAUUCAGGAGCGCGACUCCCGCAACGACAACAAGGGUCGUGGCGGUCGCCGCAACAACAACAAGUUCGAUGCCUCCACUCAGAAGGAGACGGACGACCCCGUUGAGAUUCGGAAGCAAGUCGAGUUUUACUUCUCCGACUCCAACCUCCCCAUGGACAAGUUCCUUCUCUCCAAGGUGGGCGGCAGCGCUAACAAUGCCGUGCCCCUCGAACUCCUGCACUCCUUCAAGCGCAUGCGCCGGUUCCAACCCUUCAGUGCUAUCGUUGAGGCUCUCAAGUCAGCUGAGACCGUCGAGCUGGUCGACAACGACACCGCUGUGCGCCGCAAGACCCCUCUCCCCGAGUCGGUUUCUGAUGCCCAUGACCCCAACGUCGUCAAGGUGUUCGAAGACCAGGCCAUGAGCCGUAGCAUCUACGCCAAGGGAUUCGGAACCGAGGAGCCCAGCACUCAAUACGAUAUUGAGUCCUUCUUCAAUCAAUAUGGCCCUACCAACGCUAUCCGCCUUCGCCGUACUCCUGACAAGAUCUUCAAAGGAAGUGUCUUCGUGGAGUUCGAGUCGGAAGAGAAGCAAAAGGCCUUCCUUGCUUUGGACCCCAAACCCCAGUGGAAGGGACAGGACCUGGCCAUCAAGAGCAAGAAGGAAUACUGCGAGGAGAAGGUCCGGGAUAUCGAAGCUGGUCGCAUCAAGCCCAGCAACGGACGUGGACGUGGUGGAAACCGAGGACGAGGCCGCGGCCGCGGUGGUGGUGGCCGUGGUGGUGGCUCGCGCGACUGGAGGGAGCGUCGGGCAGAAGACCAGAAGAAUGGAUUCAAGGACAACAACGCCCCCCGUGAAAUCCAGAAGGACACUCGCGGUGUCCCCGUUAUCCAGAGCACCGCCGAGUCCGGCCAAAAGCGUGGCCGCGAGGACGAGUCCAACGGCGACCACCCAGCCAAGAAGGUUGACGCCAAGGAGUAA